UGAUAGAAAAUUACAGAGCCAGCUAUACUAUUGUGCAGUGUAUGUGGAAGAAAACACUUCCAUGGCAAUAAACUAGUGGAUAAUUAAUUUCCCUAGUUUCCUACAAGGUCAUCCAACAAUCCAUACUGACUGUCGAAGGAAGGGAACAGAGCAAAGUCACAUGUUCUAUCUGUGGAUUUUGAAUGCGCGCUUUGCCUGCUUUCUAUCGUCAACCUCCGUAGUUUCCUGUUUGGUUUCCAAGGAAAUGAGGAUCAUGGUGGCUUCUGUAUUUUCAUCUGAGUGAAUCCUUGGGGAAAAGGAGCUGCACAGAUACCGGUAAUGGCAGAGCUGCACAUUAUCGGUCAGAUCGUUGGGGCUAGCGGCUUCCCUCAGAGCAGUCUCUUCUGUAAAUGGGGAAUUCAUACAGGAGGUGCAUGGAGACUUCUCUCUGGCCUGAAGGAGGGGCAGACCCAGGUGGAUUUGCCUCAGACGGGGGAUACGGCAUACUGGAGUCAUCCCAUUGAUCUGCACUACACCACUAAAGGACUGCAAGGUUGGCCCAAGCUUCACCUGCAGGUUUGGCACCAGGAUUCAUUUGGGCGCUGUCAGCUGUAUGGUUAUGGAUAUUGCCAUGUGCCCUCCAGCCCAGGCCACCACCAUGUACGCUGUGUGACCUGGAGACCACUUGGAUCCUGGCAAGAGCAGAUAGCUCAAACCUUUGUGGGUGGAGGUCCCCAGCUGCGCUCCCCAGACCUCGUAUACAGUGGGGCGGACAGAUAUAGGCUGCACACAGUUGCUAUGGGUACUGUGGAGCUGGAGCUAGGCAUCAUCAUGCGCCACUUUGACAGAUAUGGUGUAGAGAGCUGAAAUGUAGAGAUGGGACAGCGAAGGGUGAAUGGAGGGAAGCCUGAAUGGAGCACUGUAUUGUUAGUGGGUGGGGGUGGUGUGGAUUUGGACCAUAUCUGCACCGGGGCACAUAAAAUAAGGUCAGAUGAUAUAUUUUGCCUUGUGAGAUGUGUUGAUGUGGCAUACAUGCUGAGAAGAACCCAACAUGCAAAUGUAGGUAUUUCCCCUCUUUCUCCACCGGCGGCGUGUGUGGUGGUUGGGUGGGGUGAGCCUUUCAACACCAUCUGCCUUCCCGAUUGUCAAUAUUUUUUAGAACAUUUCAUAUAAUCGAGGUUGUAUUUUAAACAAUGCGAGACAGAUUUUGUACUGCACUUAAUUUCAGUUUGAUACUUUUCUAUGAAUUCCUUGUGUUUUAUAUAGUAGAAUUAUGUAAAUAAAUCAAUACAAUGUACCAAA